AGUCUAUCUUAAACAAGCCCGUUAGGACGAACCCCGUCCUAUGGCUCGACCAUCAUCCGAUAGAGUCAUGGCCUUUAACCCCAGGCAACACAGCACAUAGCAAUAAACAAUUCAAAAUAUUUAAAAGACGCUACAAUAAAAAAAAAAAUCUAUUAACUCGCCAGUAAUAAUUGUGUCAUAUAAAAUGGACAAGAAAAGCUCUCCAGUUGAGGUUUAGGACCAAACAUGGUGCAAACUUCUAAAUACUUUUUCCAACUUUAAACUUUAAAUAUUCUUUCCGUUUCCACAUAUUGUCUAAAACACACCUGCUAAAGAAGUUAGACACUCAUCCUCCUAAUCCCUCUAUUCCCUUCGAAACAAAGAGAUAUUUACAAGCACAGAUCAUAUGAUUAGGUACUAAAAAGAACCAUGGAGCUUGAAAAUCAAGAAGAGAAUGUUAAUGAGAAGCAGAUAAUUAAAAACUUCAACAACUCAACUCAUGAUGAGACCAAAAUGCAAAUGAAUUCGAAGCCUAAGCCAAAGUACAAAGAGUGUCUCAAGAACCACGCUGUGAGUAUUGGCGGCCACGCCGUAGAUGGUUGCGGUGAAUUCUUGCCUGCCGGAGAAGAUGGUACGGAUGAGGCUCUCAAAUGCGCUGCGUGUAAUUGCCAUCGUAGUUUCCACCGGAAAAUAACACAAACUCAUCACCACCAACCCUACAAUAGAACCACUUCAUACUUCCACCACCAUAUUAUGCCGCAACACAGGCCUUUAGCAUUGCCAUCAACUUCUGGAGGCGGUGGAUACAGGGAGGAUCAAGAACUAGACAUGUGUAACCCUAAUAACAACAACAUUAAUGGGACAUCAUUAAAGAAGAGAUUUCGAACAAGAUUCAGCCAAGAACACAAGGACAAAAUGCUGGAACUUGCUGAGAAAUUAGGGUGGAGAAUUCAGAGGCAAGAUGAGGGAGCUGUGCAGCAAUUGUGUAAUGAGAUUGGCAUCAAAAGGCAUGUGUUCAAGGUUUGGAUGCAUAAUAACAAGUACACACUUGGUAAGAAAUUAUUAAACCCUAAUACACAAAUUGAUCCUUAAUUUGUAGCGCGCAGCUCAAGCAAGAAGGUCGAGAGAAAAUCAUUCACAAAAAAAAAAAAAAAAAAAAAGAAAGAAAGAUAAUUUUAAGAUAUUUUUAUUAUAUAUAGUAGUAUGAAGGUGAGCCUUGAGCAACGGUAAAGUUGCUCUGAGCGAUUUGAGGUGUAGAAUUAGUUACUGAUCUCUUGUGUCAGAGUUCGUUGCUUACAUCAUAUCCCCUUCAAAAGCGCCUUUUUGCCAUGAACAUAAAUGCUUAGUGCAUCAGACUGCCUUUCUACUUUUUUUAUUAUAGUACUAUGAAGGAGAGAUUUGAAGUAAUGAUAAAGUUAUCCUCGGGUGACUUAUGAGUUCAAGCUGAGGAAUCAGCUCAGGUUGGCUGCUUACAUCAAAUUUCUUGAGGUGCAAUCCUUUCUCAGGCUUUGCUUGAACAGGUUGGCUGCUUACAGCAAAUUCUUGUGGUGCAAUCCUUUCUCGGGCUUUGCUUGAACAUAAGAUGUUUUUUGCAUCAGACUCCCUUUAUCUUUUUAAUUUGUUAUAGUACUUCUAUGUUGAAUUCUUGAGUUUCUUUUUAUUUCUAGAAGGACAUGUUAAAGUGUGUCACCAAAUUGAUUUUGGAUGCUUUGUGGCUGAGAGUUUUUUCUCCUUUAUGAGUAGUACUUAGUGAGGGCAAGCGUGGGUUUCUUCUAGUUUCACUGUUUUCUUGGAAGUUGGAAGUAUCAAUGCAUGUUUAAGUGGAAAUGUAUAUGUAUUAUCAUUGUACUAAUUUGUCCAGACUAUAUGAGUUCCUGAAUGCGAUUAAAGGAUAUUCAAGUAUUCAAAAUUUUCCU